AUGUGCCAGAUUCUCGACUCCUUCAAGGGCGACAAUGUCUCCCAGUGGAUGGCCAACCACCUGGAAGUCCCAGUCCUCAUCGUGGGCCUCUACAUGGUGAUGGUGCUGUACAUCCCUGACGCGUACAUGAAAAACCGCGAGCCGUUCGAUCUGCGUCAGCUGAACAAGGCCUGGAACCUGCUGCUGACCGUCUUCUCCUUCUGUGGCUCCUACUACUGCCUCCCGCAGCUGUACCGCUCAAUCUUUGUGCCGGAGUUCACCAUCUACGACUACACCACUGGUGACAUGAUCCCGUGGAAAGGUGGCGCGUACAACGCGUUUUGCCACUGGAACGGCAACAUCCUCUACAAUGGCCCCGUCGGCGCCUUCGUCUGCCUCUUCGUCCUCAGCAAGAUUCCUGAGAUGCUCGACACCGCCUUCCUCGUCUUUCAGAAGAAGCCCGUCAUCUUCCUGCACUGGUACCACCACGUCACCGUCAUGCUGUACUGCUGGCACGGUUACAUCUACAAUAUCUCAACUGGCCUCGUGUUCGCCGGCAUGAACUACGCUGUGCACUCUGUCAUGUACCUCUACUACUUCCUCUGCGUCUGCGGCUACCGCAAGUACGUACGCCCCAUCGCGCCGCUCAUCACCGUUCUCCAGAUUAUGCAGAUGGUGAUCGGCGCGAUCGUACAGGCGGUGACGCUGUACAUCCUGUACUUCACGGAUAAGCGCUGCGACUCGAAUGCGGAGAAUGCGCGGCUAGGCUUCAUGAUGUAUGUCUCCUACCUCCUCCUCUUCAGCAAGCUCUUCUACGAUAACUACCUGAAGCCGACGCCGCCACACUCGGCUGCGGCGAAGCAGAAUGGUAUCGCUGAUACCGCGAGGAGCAAGACUGCGGCAAUGAAAAAGGGCCAAUAA